GUGGACAUAUAAAGGAGAGCCUCUGCUGCUUGAGACACAUUUUCUUUGAGUCUCGAUUCAAGAAAAGCAAUCAGCAAAAAUGAGUGGCCGCGGAAAAACCGGAGGAAAAGCCAGAGCAAAGGCAAAGACCCGCUCUUCUCGUGCAGGGCUCCAGUUCCCAGUGGGCCGUGUUCACAGGCUGCUGCGCAAAGGCAACUAUGCGGAGCGUGUUGGUGCCGGCGCCCCCGUCUACCUGGCGGCUGUGCUGGAGUACCUGACCGCUGAGAUCUUGGAGUUGGCUGGAAACGCUGCCCGCGACAACAAGAAGACCCGUAUCAUCCCCCGUCACCUGCAGCUGGCUGUCCGCAACGACGAGGAGCUCAACAAGCUCCUCGGCGGAGUCACCAUUGCUCAGGGCGGUGUGCUGCCCAACAUCCAGGCUGUUCUUCUGCCCAAGAAGACCGAGAAGCCCGCCAAGAAGUAAACCACUACGGCUUCAUUAACAUCAAACCCAACGGCUCUUUUAAGAGCCAAACACUAUUUCUUUAAGAGCUUUUAUUUCUCAUUCAGUGAUAAGUUGCGUAUGAUUUAUUUUUAUUUACAAAAUAAUAAUCAUUUUCAGCACGU